AUGCUUAUAUCAACCGCCUUUGGCAAUGCCGGUACAAAAGCGAAUCAAAUACCGUCUGCUGCAUAUCUUAAUAAUGAUAAUCCAAAUUUAGUUGUAAGUGGAAAUCAAGCAAAUCAAUAUCAAGAAGCAGGUGAUAAUACUAAAGCAGACAAUAGACUACAUUUGAAGAACGAUAUUGAUGAUGAAAAAAUCUAUCCAAUAUACGAAGUCCUAAUAAUGCUUAUAUGUGUAUCAAUCCAUCACUCUUAUCAUUCGAAAAACAAAUAUUUACCUUGA